GCGCGAGCCUGGCGGGUCAGACGCGAGUGGCAGACGCGCGGUGCGGGCGCUCCGGCCGUGCCCGGCGGGGCCCACGCGGCUGCCCCGCGCCCAGCGCGGCCCGGGUAGGCGACGCAGGGGCUGGGUCGGCCCGGCCAUGCCGCUGGAGGCGGAGGACGCGCUGUACGUGGCGCUGGAGCUGGCCAUCGCCGCGCUGUCGGUGGCGGGCAACGUGUUGGUGUGCGCGGCCGUGGGCACGUCGAGCGCGCUGCAGUCGCCCACCAACUACUUCCUGGUGUCCCUGGCGGCGGCCGACGUGGCGGUGGGCCUGUUCGCCAUCCCCUUUGCCAUCACCAUCAGCCUGGGCUUCUGCACCGACUUCCACAGCUGCCUCUUCCUCGCCUGCUUCGUGCUCGUGCUCACGCAGAGUUCCAUCUUCAGCCUCUUGGCCGUGGCCGUCGACAGGUACCUGGCCAUCCGCGUCCCGCUCAGGUAUAAGAGUCUGGUCACUGGGACUCGAGCGAGAGGAGUCAUUGCUGGCCUCUGGGUCCUUGCCUUUGGCAUCGGAUUGACUCCGUUCCUGGGGUGGAACAAGAACACUGCCGCCAAAAACUGCACGGAGCCCUGGGAUGGAAGCACAAACGAAAGCUGCUGCCUUGUCAAGUGUCUGUUUGAGAACGUGGUCCCCAUGAGCUACAUGGUGUAUUUCAACUUCUUCGGGUGCGUCCUGCCCCCGCUGCUCAUAAUGCUGGCGAUCUACGUCAAGAUCUUCACGGUGGCCUGCAGGCAGCUUCAGCGCACGGAGCUCAUGGACCACUCCAGGACCGUCAUCCAGCGGGAGAUCCACGCUGCCAAGUCCCUGGCCAUGAUCGUUGGCAUUUUUGCUCUGUGCUGGCUGCCGGUACAUGCCAUUAACUGUGUCACUCUCUUUCAGCCAGCUCGGGCUAAGGAUAGGCCCAAGUGGGCCAUGAACACGGCCAUCCUCCUGUCACAUGCCAACUCUGUGGUCAAUCCCAUUGUCUAUGCCUAUCGCAACCGAGACUUCCGCUAUACUUUUCACAAAAUCAUCUCCAGGUAUGUGCUCUGCCAGACAGAUGUCCUCAAGAGUGGGAAUGGGCAGGCAGGGGCACAGCCUGCCCUCGAUGUGGGCCUAUGACCGAGGGCCCGGCCUCUUCCGGAAGGCACACGUUCACAACACACAAAGGGAUGGGACACGACCGGCUGAAACCCGUUGUUAAGACAGCUACGCCUUGUGGGUGGGCUGCCUCUGCUGAGUGAUGACCACAGACCUAGCUAAUAUGCACGUUAUUAGUCGGCGCCAAAGGUUCACAGAUGUAUUUCUGGUUCUUUCUGGCUGCUCUGUGUGGAUGAUGCCGAUGGCCUGAAUGGAUUGUAAAAGACUGUUUUGUUUUUUUAAGAGUCUGCCUCUUUCAUGGUAGAAAAUGAAACUAUUUUACUGUGAAACACUGUGAACUGUUAUUUUUUUUUUAACUUAGAGGCAGUGAAAGAAUAAAAGUUGAAUGUACUAAAAAUAGAUACUUGUUCCUAGGAAGGUGACCAGGAAAAUUAAAAGUAAUUCUUCAGUCAACAAACUGCUCUAUUUAUUUGGGGAAGUGCUACUCUUGUAAGUUCGUAAGCAGGAUAGCAUUCUGUGGUAACAUUCUUUUCCAUGUACUGCAAACCACCCUGGAGGAAGAAACUGGAGAGAUGGGAUCCCUCCUGUUCCCUGACUGCAUCUGCCCCUUCUCCAGUUAGGUAGCCAGGUGUCUUUCUCUACCAAGCUGAAGUUCCGCCACGAACUUCAAGUUGCUGGAGCCCAAGUGUGAAAAUUUUCAUAAGUAAAAAUCAUACAACUGUGUACGUCUAUUAGGUGAAAUAAAAAUAAAACUUCCCAACAAGCUUAGGGUGCUGCAUU